AUGUUGCCGCAGGUCGUAGCUUUCGGAUCAAGUCGUUUACGCCUGUUAACGUUGCCCUGCAUUUGCAACGUCACCAAAUGCACCCUAUCCGCCGUCAACGCAAGUCCGUGGUCAAGUUUUGACGAGUCUGCUGCUGAUUUCCGAAGCGCUUCAACAUGUUUCGCCCCCCAUCCACCUUCCCAAGGCCCAACACAAUGUAUUGAAGUCCGGCAAACAUGUUGGGGACGUCAUUGA